UUUGCAGCCUUCUUUUGACCUAAGUGGGUAUGUUAUGUAGAUACUGUAUCGUGGUUCGUGCAGGAUCGGUGGGGCUUUCCCUUGCUGCUUCUUAUGGUAUGCAGGUGCAGCUCAAUAACACCUGCCCCUCUUUCAAACAGUGACCCAGGCAACGUCUUAAAGCAGCAACAGAAACGUCGGAAAGUGCCACCAAGAGGAAUUUAUCGUGCUUACCGAGGGUCGAAUCUUGCAUUAGAGUUUGUUUUAUCUCUGCCGUGGCUGUACUAGGACGGAGACCCACCGUCAUGACAGCUCCGCACACCCCGCCUCCGGGCUCCGCCUCCGUCUCCGGGCCGGGGCUAUCGGCAACGUUUCCAACUCCGGGGCUGCCACCGCAUUAUCGCGAUGCGCUUGGGCUUGAUCUAAAUGGAUAUGUGGCUCCCGGUAUCGAAGAAGCCUAUCAUAUCCAUACUAUACAGAAUGGCGCUGAUAUCGCGACACCAACAACCCCUGGUCAGUUUGGUAUACUUGCGCCGAUGGCAGUGUCGGUGCCUGUUAUGGAAACACCAAUCGAUGGAAUGUUCAGUGUGCAGAAUAAUACACAGAGACAGGAGAUUAGAAGAUCAAAUGGUCAGUUGAGCAGCAGGAUUAUCGUUGAUCCCCCAGAUCUCGAGAUGUGGCGGAAUAAGUUAUUCAAUGUGGACGAGACGAUUGUUCUUACACAUGAAGAGUUCGAGACAUAUUUUCCUCACGUAGACAACGUCUACUCCCAUCGUUCAACACAGCGUUAUAAGCGCAAGCCUUUCGUCUCACACUACUGGGAUUGUCGUAUGAAAGGCCGUCCUCCAGGUACACCCAAGUCUGAUGACCCCAAUAAGAAGAAACGAAAGCGAAGUGCGCGUCAGCGCGAUCUAUGCGAUGUGAAGAUAAAGAUUACAGAGUACUUCCCGGGGGCUCAACUGGACCUCGAUAACACCAGUGGUCUUGAUGUGAGUCUGGCAGGACAGCGAUUGUGGACAAUACAGAGAGUUAAUGGAAAUGGAGGUAAUGGGAAGGGAGACGGUGUAGCUGGGCCACAUAAGCAUACGCUUGAGAGGAGUGAUGAGAUAAAGAAGAAUAGUGUGCAGAGGUAUUUGGCAAAUCAAGGGGAUGUGAAAAAGGACAAGGAAAAAGCCAAGAAGGCUCCUAUAAAAGCCACAGGAGCUGCACUACUCACAGCUAGAAAACACGCGAAGGAGAACGAAUUCAAGCUCUACGCGGCAUGUUUCUGCCCCUUUUCUCAACGUAUUUGGAUUGCUCUGGAGGCAAAAGGCAUACCCUACCAGUACUGCGAAGCAGAUCCCUUCAGUCACUCAGCCCAACCCAUCCUUGCUAAUCCUCGUGGUUGCGUGCCCACUAUAGAACAUGGCGACUGGUCAUGUUCGGGUAGUGCUGUCAUAUUAGAAUAUCUUGAAGAUCUUGGUCAAGGAACGUCCCUGCUUCCGGUAGACCCAAGAUUAAAAGCGAAUUGUCGUUUCUGGAUUGACCAUAUCAACCGUCAUAUCGUCCCGAACUUCUUUGCCCUCCUCCAAAAUCACGAUCCAGCUCUUGGAGAUGAGGCUGCAGUUCGUUUACAGAGCAAUAUAGAUACUCUUAUUAGAGCUGCAGACAAAAAGGGCCCUUAUUUUCUUGGGCAAAACAUGUCCCUGGUCGAUAUGCAUUUAGCACCUUUUGCUCUUCGAUUCUCUAGAGUUCUGGUCCCUGCGAAUAGACCGUCUUUCCCGCCUGGAUCACGCUGGGCGCAGUGGCUGGAUGCUAUCGAGGGAGACAGGAGCGUGCGAGCCACAACCAGCAAUCGCGCGCUAUACAGUGAGACACUGGAUGCCUUGAUAAAGCAACAUGGGCUUUACUAAGUUCAACGAUAGGGAAUGCCUAGCAAUGCCUGACAUAUUCGGUAUAUCGGAAGGGUUAGCGUGGAACAUUGGUGACAGGAGCAGUGGGUUGUGCAUGUUCUAGACA